AGUUCGGAUGAUCUCUGGAGGAAUGGUGUGACUGGACCUUUCACCUCAGCCUGGAUCGAAUCGUCUGUUCUUCUCCAGAGGAUUCCGUCAGCAGACAUGGCGACCAUCGGGCAGAUCGUCUUCUGCAGCAUGAUAAUCCUCAUCGUCAUAUUCGGGACGGCCAUCAUCCUCCUCUUAGCCUUGGCCUUGUCAGGACAAUUGUCCGAGGUGAUGAGCAACAACAUGGCGCCCACUGCCAACCUCGGCAACGACGAGCUUCUCAGCUGCUAUCUGAACGCACAGACUCAACCGGCCAGAGUCACAGAAGUGUCGGUCACCUGGCAGAGGACGGGGCUGACGGGGCCCGUUUACCGGUAUCAGAACGGAGCGCCGUCUCUCGGCGACCAGGACCCGCAGUUCAAAGGGAGAACCCAGCUCUUCCCCGGCGAUUUGGUGGCGGGUAACGCCUCUCUGCUGCUGAGGAGCGUGGGACGGAGCGACGGGGGGGAGUACACCUGCACCAUCAGCUCCUCUGGUGGUGGUGGGAAGGUCAAGAUUCACCUCAAAACUGCAGCCUUUUCGGCCCCCACAUUUAAAUUCACCAGCAGCGCCCUGACUGCUGAGGCUCCCCGGUGGUUCCCCAAACCAAACGUGACAUGGUCGGACUUUGACGGGAACGUCCUGAAUGGAAGCACGAGCUUCGCUGAGAACUCUGUGGGCAUAUUCAGGGUUGUCAGCUCGCUGCAGCCAGUCAACAUCAGCGAAACAUACAGCUGCAGGACUGAAAAUGAUCUGGUGACGGCCGUCUCUAAAGCAACCGUAACAGAUCCUGUUACAGAGAACACAUACUUCACCUUCAGUGCUGCAUCCUCCCUGAUGACAUCAACACACCUGAGCAUUACGACCAGUGUCCUCUGCAUCUAUUACCUCACCUAACUACACGCACACACACACACACACACACACGCACACACACACACACACACAGAAUGCUUAAUUUAUUACAGAGGGCGUUGUUACAGUGUAACAGAAGUUUUAACAGAAUCAACAUUUGUUUUUUACUUUCUCAGGUGUAUGUGCUAAGUUUGAAGUUAAAGCGCCAUCUAGAUUUAGUUUUUAAUAUAAUUCAUAUGUAUACUGUCUGUACUACAUAAAAUAGGAUGUGGAGAAACUGCAGAAAAAUAAUAUAAUACAAAA